AUGUUUAACCAAAGCCUAAUAGUAGGAACGCUCCUUGUCUGUUCACUCUGGACAGAGAUCACAAUCGCUGGUUCCAGCUUUUUAAGUCCAGAACAACCGAAGAUGCAGCGAAAAGGCCUUCAGAAACCUGCAACAAAGUUCCAUCGCCGAGAUGCAGAAGCAGCUUUGGAAGUCCCUGGAAACGAGGUUGAGGGAACCAGUAAUGAAAUGGAUAUAAAGGUUACUGUUCCCUUUGAAAUCAGCAUGAAAAUCUCAGAAGCUCAGUACAAAGACUGUGAACAAAUUCUGGAGAAAUUUCUGGAAGACAUUCUGGCUGGGAGCAUUAAAGAAAACCAGGCAAAAGACUGAAAAAAGAAG